AUGUGCUACAACCGCUACGUGUCCAUCUGCAAACCCCUGCACUACGGGACCCUCCUGGGCAGCAGAGCUUGUGCCCACAUGGCAGCAGCUGCCUGGGCCAGUGCCUUUCUCUAUUCACUGCUGCACACGGCCAAUACAUUUUCCCUGCCCCUGUGCCAUGGCAAUGCCCUGGGCCAGUUCUUCUGUGAAAUCCCACACAUCCUCAAGCUCUCCUGCACACACUCCUAUCUCAGGGAACUUGGGCUUCCUGCUCUUGGUGCCUGUUUGCUAUUUGGUUGUUUUGUGUUCAUUGUUUUCUCCUAUGUGCAGAUCUUCAGGGCUGUGCUGAGGAUCCCCUCUGAGCAGGGACAGCACAAAGCCUUUUCCACCUGCCUCCCUCACCUGGCCGUGCUCUCCCUGUUCAUCAGCACCUCAUUUUUGACCUACCUGAAGCCCCCCUCCAUCUCCUCCCCAUCCCUGGAUCUGGCCCUGUCAGUUCUGUACUCGGUGGUGCCUCCAGCCCUGAACCCCCUCAUCUACAGCCUAAGGAACCAGGAGCUCAAGGCUGCAGUGUGGAGACUGACGACUGGAGGGUUUCAGGGACAUUAAACUGCUGGCCA